GCAAGAGCGAGCUCUUUAGGACUAGAGAAUGCUCCUGUAGCUUGUUCUUCAUCUUCUUCAUCCUCGUCGGCAACGACUACGAUAGCAGUCGACCCUAUGAAACGAAAAAGUGCACUCACACUCAAGAAAUUGGCUAGGAUUUAAGUAGGUAUAAUUUAGCCACUUUUUUUGAGUGUGGGCGCACUUUUUUCUUUCAUAGACCCCACUACUACUGGUGGAGCUCGCCCAACUCCAGUCCCCAAGUCGGUGUCCGCGCCUUGUCCUGCGACAUCCUCCAGCACACUAGAAGCAUUACGUGAAGACAACAGCCAG